UAAGUGACUGAGUGCACCUUUAAACGAUCAAUCACCUUAAACUUUUAAUUCAGGUAGCCUAUUAUACGCGUGGUUACUCAGCAUCAAAAGUGUGGUUAGACUUAACCAAAAACGGUGUUUUCGCAACUUCAGUAGGGUAAAUAUUUUGCGUUCUCUGCAGCGUAAACAAAGGCAGGUCUGAGUGAAUGAAUUUGAGUACUCGUAAUCCUGGGUGAAAACAAACACAGCCCUCCCCUCUGCGGAAGCUCUACUGUACUUUAUCAGCUGCUGGUUUACUGCCUCCAAGGUGGUUUUGUUCCUCAUUGCACAUGCACCCGCAUGUCUGAGUCAGUGUCAUGUUUGCUCUGUGUGUGUGUUUUGCUCGUUCAGUACGAUGCUGCUCCCAUCCAGCCUAGCGUGGCGUUGUGUUCCUGUGCUUCUUCAUCAAUGGUAAGGACUCAGCUCAACUCCAGCCUUCCUCACUGUCUCAGUAUGGAGGUCCGCGGGGGUGAGGCAAGCGCCCAGCCGAAGACAUCGACCCUCAAACCUCCACAAUCACGCAAGAAGGAGGACUUCAGCUUUGGCAAAAUUUUAGGAGAGGGUUCCUUCUCGACGGUUGUGCUUGCAAAAGAACUUGCCACAGGAAAGGAAUAUGCAAUGAAGAUUCUUGAGAAGAAUCACAUCAGGAAAGAGAAUAAAGCACACUAUGUGUUCAGAGAGAAGGAUAUAUUGUCAAGCAUAGAUCAUCCCUUUUUCGUAAAGCUCUACUUCACGUUUCAAGACUCGCAUAAACUUUAUUUCGCCCUCAGUUAUGCAAAGAAUGGAGAACUACUUAGAUACAUUCGCAAAAUAGGCUCAUUUGAUGAGACUUGCACGAGGUUCUACACUGCUGAGAUAGUUUGUGCACUCGAGUAUUUGCACGCACUGGGAAUUAUUCACAGGGACCUUAAGCCAGAGAACAUCUUACUGAGCGAAGACAUGCACAUUCAUAUUACGGAUUUCGGGACAGCGAAACAGUUGUCUUUGGACAGCUCUCAAACAAGAGCCAAUUCUUUUGUUGGCACUGCACAGUACGUUUCUCCGGAGCUGCUGACGGAAAAAUCAGCCUGCAAAAGUUCGGACCUCUGGGCACUGGGUUGCAUAAUCUAUCAGCUGGUGGCCGGAUUACCUCCGUUUAGAGCUGGGAACGAGUACUUGAUUUUCCAAAAGAUAACAAAGCUGGAAUAUGAAUUUCCUGAGAAGUUCUUCCCCAAAGCUAAAGAUCUGGUUCAGCGACUGUUGUCUUUGGACCCUAGAAAGCGGCUAGGAUGUGAGGAAAUGGGUGGGUUCAAUCCACUAAAAGGCCACAUGUUCUUUGAGACAAUCUCAUGGGAGAAUUUGCCGGUUCAGAUCCCACCCAAGCUGACCCCUUACCUACCAGCCAUGGCUGAAGAUGAUGAAGACUACUAUGGCAAUUAUGAAGAUCUCCUCAGUCAGUUCAGCAGCCUGCAGGUGGUUCCAUCCAGCUCAUCUCAGAUCGUCCCACUGAGACCCUGCAGCAACAUUGAGCAGUACAUCCAUGACCUGGACAGCAACUCCUUUGAGCUGGACCUGCAGUUCUCCAGUGAGGAGAAACGACUUCUGCUGCAGAAGCAAACAAGAGGCAACCCUUGGCACCAGUUUGUUGAAAAUAACUUGAUAUAUAAAAUGGGACCAGUUGACAAAAGAAAGGGACUGUUUGCUCGACGCCGUCAGCUUUUACUGACUGAAGGACCACAUCUGUAUUACGUGGAUCCUGUGAAUAAAGUACUGAAGGGGGAAAUUCCAUGGUCUCCAGAGUUGCGCCCCGAAGCCAAGAAUUUCAAGACGUUUUUUGUCCACACGCCAAACAGGACAUACUAUCUAAUGGAUCCCAGUGGAAACGCAGACAAAUGGUGUAAGAAGAUUCAAGAGGUCUGGGGAACCAUUUAUCACUAACAUAAGACUACUGGCAUGACUGGUCAUCAGAGGACCACUGGAGUCAAGGCAAGUCUGAGAGGUCUGAGCACCUCCACCAUUCAACUACCAAACAGGAAGAUCUUUUCAUUUAUGGGACUAGUGCAUCAAUAUUUCUUCUUGAAGACAAAAUAUGUUUUGCUUGCAGUGUUUUUGUCAUGUUCAGCAGUUGUAACAUGAAAUCAAAGAUCAGUAAAACUCAGCAAA